CCAGGGGUUGGACCAGGUGCUGUCCUCUUCCCCGCGUGGAGAAAGACACAGACUUCUAGCUGUAGCUGUCGUCAGAGGGAGCGACCCACAAUGACGCUGCCGCUGCUCUCCAAUAUUCACGGCGUUGCGAACAUGAGGCUGACUUUCAGUCGCACAAGUGCGCUCAUUGGAGCUUGGGCCUGCGUGGUGGUGCUUGUCCUCGUCGGACGCUUGGAUCUACGAGUAGGAGUAGGAGGAGGAGAAUGGAGGGGAGGACGCCGAGGAACAGCAGUACCAUAUCCUUACCGGUAUGGCGUAGACCUACCGACUACGAGUAAUUUGGAAGCCCCUCUUCCGUCGUUAGAAACCGACCUCAGAGCUUCAGGAAAACGGCUUCACGAACACGAAGAUCGCGGCGAUGGCGGCGAUGGCGGCUAUGGCGGCGAGGAUGAGAUUUCAGACACCCUCACAGAGAAUCGGCCGGCAGGCAUCGCAAGGCUGCAUGCGUCUCCCACGGAGCAACCAGGGGCUGACGAUUCAUGGAAGUUGACGAACGGUUCUUUCCGAUCGCAAGCAACAGUCACUGCGGAAGCAAUACAAGAAGCGGGAUCAGGAGCGGAAGCAGGGGCGGAAGUAGGGGCGGAAUUGCCGACGGACGCAGGGUCGGAAUUAGCGGCGGAAUCAGGGUCGAUGGAUAUGAGACUCACAGCUGAGGAGUCGGAAGCAGGCGGAGCGCCUGGGCCGCCCGUUACCGGCAGCGAGUCGCCAUCUGCAGCAUUUGCAACUGGUCAACUGAGCGCAGAGGGUCCAGGUCUUCUUCAGAGGAAUCAGAGCCAAGGCCGCCGGCGUGACAGAGACGAAGCACAACCUCCAUCAAGCACUGGGUCGCCCGGAGAGGAGGUGAAGAAGGUGACUCCUGCGAACACGGUGACCGAGAAAAUACACGACCAUAUUGACGUCGUCGACGACGACGAGGACGACUGUGCGGCUAUCAAUUUCACUCGCAAUCGAGUGUUCUCAGCCGCACAUUUUGGCGAUCAGGGCUCCGAGCCAUCCUUCUUCACGCGGAUUCGGCGGCAGUCUGCUUCUGACGAGGAACAGCGCGGCGCGCAAAACUCCACUUCGACUUCUGCUCCGCCGCCGCCGAGGCGGCGCACACGCAGCCUCGAUCCGAGCCGGAGCCAUACAGCUCAGCCUGAGUCGUCUCCUCUCUCCGCUAACAUCACUAACAUCCCUGACCAGGUGUUCUUCCUAGAGAUGUAUAGAAAGGUGAACAGCUGCGUCCAUAUUCACUGCUCAGUGGAGAGCUUUCUCGCUAAGAAUCCCAACUACACGGUGUACAUAUACGCUAGCAAUCUGAGCUAUUACCGCACUAAGUGGUCAGAGCGCGCCGACCCUCGCAUUUUGCUCAGAAGCUUCGAUUUUCCCGAGAUCUUUCGAGGCACGCCCCUGGGAAGCUGGUACGCGUCCGGCACGUACCGAAAGACGCCUUGGAUCCCUGUCGUCCUGAGUGAUGCGGCCAGAUUGGCGCUGCUUUGGAAAUACGGCGGGACUUACCUGGACAUGGACAUAAUUAGUCUGAAUGCUAUGCCGGUCGGGUUAGGUAAUGCAGUGGCGACGGAAGAUGACGGAUCCAUCAAUAACGCUUUCCUGAGGUUCUCGGCGCACCAUGAAUUCCUCCUAGAGUGUAUGAAAGAUUUCGUGGUGCAUUUUAACGGAGGCGCGUGGGCACAUCAGGGUCCGCAUCUUGUGUCGCGCGUCUUCCAUCGAAAAUGUUUGGACAUCGAGCAGGCGGAAGAGUGGCUGGUGUCGCGGAAAUUUUCGAGAGAGAAGGCGAAGGCGCGAAUUCGGAAAAAAUUGGGGGUGUUGAACGACACGCGCUUGUCCGACGAGUAUGUCGCGCCGGAUUUCUGCUACGACCUGACCAUCAUGAUGACGAGGUCCGUCUAUCCGGUGUACUGCAGCCAAGCUCCGGAGUUGUACAGGCCAUGGUGGAAAGAGUGUAAGCGAUGGCGGCGGCUCCAAGAAAGGUCGUUCAUGAUGCAUUACUGGGGACACUCGUUCCCUACCAGCGCCACCUUCGAUCAGGAUACCAUCAUGGCCGUAAUCAUGAGAGGAACAUGUCCUCGCACCUUUCGUCAAUGUGGAUGGGAUAGCCGAUGAUGACAGCAGCUGUUGUCACCUAUCUCCUUGAUCCACGUGUUUUUCUUCUCUUUUGGUUUUGUUCCGUAGGCUAAAGUCCUAGCUCCAGUUGUUGUUUGUGGAGGGGUCUUCCAAGGCAGACACGGAGUUAUGCUAGAGUCUUAGUUCCAGUUUAUCAGUGGAGGAGUCUUUCAAGGGAGACAUGGGGUUAUUCUACCGUCAAGACUCAAGAGUGCAUUGAGGAGGAGAUAAACUCUUCUGGCGCUC